AUGUGUCACUUAUUCCACCCACUCACUGGCCUACACGCCUGUGUUUGCUUUGGGAGGAGUCAGACAGGCUGUUUACAUCCAUUUAACUUCAUACACACACUUUAGAUCAGUUACAAGAGGUAAGGAUUUCUGCAAUACUGCAAGAUGCACUGCCAUAGGGACUUAGUUGGGAUGAUCCUGACUGGACUUUAUCAGCUCCUUCAUCACAGGACAACACAGACCUGCUGUGGGCGCCACAUGGGACACUCUCCUCCAGGUAAGAUGGUCCCAGCCAGAGUAGCCUGGUUCUUCCAGGAGAUGACAGCUUUCCUGAUCCUUCUGCUUUAAAUGCUCACUGUGCACAAACCUUUCAGCACAGGGUACCUGCUGCUCUGGACCUUUUGCAUGCACUACUUCCAGAGGACAUUUGUCUAUUCACCACUGACUGGAGGAAAACCGUCCACACUGGGUGUGAUGAUGGUAGAAGUUAAAUUCUGCUCUCUAGAUGGUUUCCUGCAGGGAGACUUCAUGCUGCACUGUGCCCAUUUUGAUGAUGGAUGGUCAGCUGACUAUCACUAUAAAACUGGGUUGCUGCUGUUUCACACUGGAGUGGCUAUCAGCAAACACAGUGACUGUAUUCGAUGCAACUUGAGGAAACCAGGGGAAGUGAAUGUGGACCUGUGCUGUCCUUCCUGUCAUGCAGGAGGUCUGUUUGAAUAAGUGCCUGGUGCCAGCUACUUCAGCGACAUAGUGGAGAGGUGUGUCGCCACCUGGUCCCUUCCUGCACACGCCUUUGCUGUGUUUAGCCUGGGUUUUAUUGGAUCAAGAACCUAUCACCAUCGCAGGUUUUAGCAAGAAAAAUUCAAAGACUAUCCAAAGUUAGGAAAGGCUUUGAUUCCAUACAUAUUCUGA